CAAAAUUCUGCUCUCUGCUAAGCGCGCAGUCUUCCUUGCGAAGCUCUCUUUCUUCUUCUUCCUCCUCCUCCUCACGGUCAUCUCGGCUCUGCAACGGAACUCCCACCGCUCGCUGCAGCAGCUGCUGUGUCAUUUGAGUUUCAGGUUAUCAUUUUGAAAAGCUAUUGUUUUAUGGAUUUAAGAGCUUGAAUGAGUUCGACCCGUUUGUGUUGUUUGCUGAAAUUGUGAUGAGGAGGAUGGCUCCCUGGGAAGGGACGGGCUUGCCCGAGUCGAGCCUUCCAUGGCUGUGGGUUAUCGAGUAUCUUGCAAGCUCCAAGCGAGUGAAUCCGAAGCUUUUAUACGGCAUAAUCGAAUCAGCACCACUAUCACGUGAUGAGCUGGGAAAGAAUGUGCGGGAGUUGGUUGCUUUGGCGUGUUUGGAGCAGUUUUGUGGUCCGGCUGCGAAAGAAAACGAAACGAUGUGUGGUGGUCCUUCAGACUUGGAGUCAGGCUCCAUGUUUGAGUUUUCACGGAGCUGUGAAGAUGUUUUAGAGGACAUACUGGAAGAAGGAUCUGUCUCUGAUCUUAAACUUACUGGCGGGGAACAAUUGAAAUCACAAGUUUGCCAAUUCGUUAUGCAGAAGAGGAACUCCAUGCCUAAACCUGUUCUGCAACAGCUAAAAGAUGCAAUACUUGAAGGCACGCAUCCAGAUGCUGCUUCGUUGAAGGUAUCAAGUGGAUUGGAAUGUCCAUCUGAUAGUCAUAGAGUUUCAGGUGGUAAUGUUGAGCAUAGUGUUGCACGUCUAUGUGAGCCUGAUGGAAGAAGAGAUAACGACUCAAUAAUGGGACCAAAUGGGAACUCCAAUUCUGCAGAGCAAGAUCUCUUGGAGCAACACUUGGAAAGAGACCCAAGUACCAGAAUCGUACCUCCCUCAAAGAGGAACUUGACUGUUCUCGCUGCUGAAAAGUUGGCUCAGAACUCUCAUGAAAAUCCUCAUGUUGAUGAUGAUUUUGCUGUUCACAGUCCAACUGCUAAGAAGCUUAAACCAUCUGUCCCUGAUGUUAUGCAGUCUGAAAGAUCUGAUUCUGUUCUUGUAAUAGAAUCAGAUUCUGAAAGGGACAGCGAUGCCAAGCAAAACAAGUCUGACUUUGCUCAAGAUCUGAUGGAGAUCUCCAAUGAAGACAGGGCCAUGGCAGAAGUCCCAGAAAAGUUUGACGAACGAAGAGGAACGGGUGAACAGCUUCCUGAUGGAAGUGAGCAUUUGGGUGCUGUCCAAAAAUCCACACCCAGGAGCGAUCCUGAUAGUUCCAAAAAGCCAAUAGAUGGUCUAUGUGGAGGUGAGUUGCAGCAGAGGGAGAUUAUUAUUGAAGAUGCUGUGGAUUUAAAUGGCCAACAGCACAUAGAGGAACAAUCCAGUGAUAGUGAUGGAUAUCAAAAUGAGGAGCUUGAUGUUUCCAUGAGAAAGAACGAGUUUCUAGUCUCACAGUGCACAUCUACGGGUGAUGCUUUGGAUAAUCUUGAUUCAAUCACAGAGAACGUUUGCUUAAAGUGCAAUGAAGGUGGUCAAGUAUUGGUCUGUCACACCAGUAGAUGUCCUUUGGUGGUUCACGAGAACUGUGCGCAUUCCUCAACCAGUUUCGAUGGAAAUGGGAACUAUUUCUGCCCCUUUUGUCAAUAUUCUAAUGCCAUUUCAGAUUAUCUUGAAACUAAGAAGGAGGCAGCUUCUGUGAGGAACGAUUUAGCUGUAUUUAUUGACACCAUUUUAGAUCAUCAAUCUGAAAGAUUAAAUGGGAUGAGUCUUGUUUUUUCACGAGAUGGUAUAGAUCAGCUUGCUGAAGUAUCUGAGGAUCAUUACUGUCACAAAGUGGAGGGAGAAUAUCAAGAACUGGGAGGGCAGGAUAAUUUUGUAAAGAACGUGAAUGAUCGUGAGAGGCAGAGUGAGGAAGUUGCUAAAGAACAGGCAGAGCCAAUUGUAAAUGGGGAUCUUGGGAAUGAAGUGAGUGAUCAGGAACUGCAGAGCAAAGAAGGCUCUGAAGAUCAAGCAGAGUCUUCGGAGCAAAAUUCUGAUUCCAAUGCUAGUUCACCCGUGGAGGAAGAGAAAGAAGUAUUUAAUGAGGAUACUAAUGCGGCUGGUGUUGAAGAAAAUGCAAAAAGGGAAAAAGAAAAGAAAAAUGCGGAGACUUCCGAACGAGAUUCAGAUUUGAAUGCUAAUUCACCCAUUGAGGCAGACGAAGAAGUAUCUAAUGAGAAUGUCGCUGCUACUGGUGCUGAAGAAAGUGGAGAAGAUGAAAAUAAUAAAUUGCCGGAGUCAAAUCCACCUUGUAGAGAAUUUGACUUGGACACUUCUGGUAGGAUGAAUCUUGAUACUGAGGAAAAACUGAUCUAUGCAAAGGUCCAAGAUUGUCAAUCAGGGGGCAGGUUAGAAGGACUGGAGGGUGAAGUAAUGGCUAAUGUCCAGUGCAGUGGCAGUAUGUUAGCUGCAAAUAAUACCAGAAAUUCGGAUGGGAGGAAUAAAGAGGUGGGGGAUCUACAAGAAGCAUUGCCCAAUGAUACUAAUGAACCACUGCACGGACCUGGUUGUUCUCUUCAUAUUGAUAAAGAGGACAGCCUGGAGGAUGAUAUUGAAGACACAGAUGGAGAUGAUGAAUCUAACAUAUCCAAUCAAACGAUUAAUCGCAGAAGGAGGACAACUUGGAGGGUCCAUCCAAGGCCUGUCGUCCCUCGCCAGAGGCAAAAGAAAGCACCAUGGAUGGAGGAAGAAGUAAAGAAACUAAAGGAAGGUGUGGAGAAAUUUCAGAAUUCCGUCGAUAAGACUAUACCGUGGAAGAAAAUACUGGAGUUCGGUGCUGGUGUGUUUAUGGAAGAUCGAACUUCUCAGGAUCUCAAGAGCAAAUGGACAAAUGUGUCCAGGAGGUACUCAAAAUUGAAAUGAUCUGGUCUUGUAUUUGCUAUCUUUGGAGGAAAGGUUUAGAUGCUCAUUUCCGUUCAUCAUCUCAUUUGGGGUUUCAAUGGUCUGAGAGCGAGCAUAUUUGUUUUGUUCUGCUCCUGUGCUAAAAACUCUGUACAUAUCUACAUGAAGCAGCCUGUUGUAAGAUUUUUCAUUCUCGAGCUUCUUUCUUGUGA